AUGAAGUGCCUGGUGAUCGCGGUGGUGCUGCUGGCGGCGGUGACGCAGUCCUUGGCCGGAAUCAGCGGCUGGAGUGGAGGCGGCGGCGGCUGGAGCGGCGGCGGCGGGGGCGGCGGCUGGAGCGGCGGAGGCGGCGGCUGGAAUGGAGGCGGCGGUGGAGGAGGCUGGAGCGGCGGCGGCGGGGGCGGUGGAGGCGGCAGCAAGAUCAUAAUCUACAAGAUCAUCAGCAGCGGGGGCGGCGGGCUCGGAGGCGGCGGCGGUGGAUACGGCGGCGGCGGUGGAUACGGCGGCGGCGGAGGCGGCUGGAAGAGCGGGGGUGGAGGCGGCGGCUGGAGCGGAGGCGGCGGCGGCUGGAAGAGCGGAGGUGGAGGCGGCGGCUGGAGCGGAGGCGGCGGCGGCUGGAAGAGCGGCGGCGGUGGCGGCGGCUGGAGCGGCGGCGGCGGUGGAGGCGGCUGGAACGGCGGCGGCGGAGGCGGAGGCUGGUGGUAG